GUCCCUACCACGUCGACUACUGAGGUCCCUACCACAUCGACUACUGAGGUCCCUACCACAUCGACUACUGAGGUCCCUACCACUACGACUACUGAGGUCCCUACCACUACGACUACUGAGGUCCCUACCACUACGACUACUGAGGUCCCUACCACUACGACUACUGAGGUCCCUACCACUACGACUACUGAGGUCCCUACCACUACGACUACUGAGGUCCCUACCACAUCGACUACUGAGGUCCCUACCACGUCGACAACUGAGGCCCCUACCACUACGACUACUGAGGUCCCUACCACUACGACUACUGAGGUCCCUACCACAUCGACUACUGAGGUCCCUACCACAUCGACUACUGAGGCCCCUACCACAUCGACUACUGAGGUCCCUACCACGUCGACAACUGAGGCCCCUACCACUACGACUACUGAGGUCCCUACCACGUCGACAACUGAGGCCCCUACCACGACCACAUUGCCGCCUUCAAAUGAUUGUCAAGAGGCGGAUAGGAGAUGCUCAGAAA